AUGUUCCCAGUCAGUUGUUCCCAGCGGAUGUCUACGACGAGAUUAUUGCCCCCGGCCUGCCCUACGCCCGAAAACACAACCUCUUCAGGUGGCCAAAGCCCUCGGAACCCAUCCCGAGGUAAGUUUUACCAUGGAUAAUAUAAAAUUUUUGACAAGGAAGGUACUUCAAUGGGUUAUCGAGUUACAGGUCGAGUCAUAUAUCAAAAAAAUCGCAAAAUUUUUUUUGAUUCAGAUUAUGUAAAAGUUAGCUACCGAUUUUGGUUUGUAAGGGUGAAAAAAUCCUCAGAAGUUUUCACGUAACACCACGCAAAUGCCUUUUUGACAGCGUUUUUACCAAAUCAAAAGCUUGGUUUUGAGCUAAAUUGAACCUUGGCAUCUUGACAAGCCUUAAAAUGUCAGAUUUGAUUAAUAUUACACCUUAAUUAGUAGUUCCAAUAUAAAAAAGGGCAUUUGUGUGGUGCUGCGAGAAAAGUUCUGAGGAUUUUUUCACCCUGACAAUCCAAAAUCAGGCAGCUAACUUUUACAUAUUCUGAAUCAGAAAAAUUUUACGAUUUUUUUGAUAUAUGACUCGACCUGUAACUCCAUACCCCAUAGAAGUACUUUCCUCGUCAGAAAUUUCAAAACUUUUCUCCUAAUUACGGAGAAUUUUCUUGGAUGGGGAAAGAGUUGACUCAUCUUGGUCAAGUCUUCCUCUCUAGACGAAAAAUGCAAUCUUGCAUAGAUUUAGCUUGUUGCAGGAGGAGCGGACUGUAUAACAACAUGUUGGGAGCUUUUCUGAAUCAGUAUUGUAGUGUUCGGUUAAGAUUAUUGAUCUCUUAUCAUGUAUAAUGUAAUUUAUCUUUGAUCCUUUCAGAAUAUUACCCAAUCUUCGCCGUGGAGACUCGCGAGUACCUUGAAAACCUCCAGAUUGAUCUUCAUCACUUCCUCGAAGAGUUCGUUGAUUUUGCAUGUUACAACAAGGUGAUUUGAAUGGAAAAAUGGAAGCAGUAAGUUCCAUCAGCCAAUGUUUUUCUUUUUUGCUUGGAGUACAGGGGAAGUACUCCAAGUGCGACGCUCAGAUUUUCUUAAAAUUUUGCACACACGUCGGGUAUGGACUAAAUAUCAAUUCCUGAAAGUUUUAGCUCGCGCUUUGCGGGCGCCGCCGAGAUAUCGAACGAUUUUUGCCGCCGAGAGAGCACGCUAAACGUGGAGAGCGGUCAGAGAGAAAAGCGCUUUUUGGCCAUAACUUUGGCAGUUUCGCGCGGAAAAAUUUGAUUUUUUGUAGAAACAUUAUCCUUUACAGUUGAAAUAGGCAUGAAACUUUUCGUGCCGAAAUUCGGCAAAAAGUCCUAAAUUUUCGCCGACUUUCGAUCUAAAAAUCUCGGUUGUUUGUGCUAAGCGCGAGCUAGGAUUGUCGCAAAUUAUUCUAAAUUUGUGCUAAGUUUCAUCAAAAUCUGAGCGUCGCGCUUGGAGUACUUCCCCUGUUAGUUUCGGGAUGUUAGAGUGGCUGAGCCGGCUUUCGAAUAAUUAUCCGGGACAGGUUUCAUCGUUUAUAAUGAGCUUUUACCGUUUUGUUUGGUCUUUGCGCCUUUUAAUUGCCAAAAAUACUAUGUCCUUACUAUAGAUGCGCCGUUUUUGAUACACAUUUCAUAUACAGUUAUAGAAACAUAUGUAAUACAUGUAAUUCAUGACUAUAGGGCUCUAGUUUUGGGCAGAGAAUUUUUUAUGGAGCUAUAGACAGUAAAAGCUUUUGGACACGUUGGCCCUUGUUGAGGGGUUUAGAGAUAUUUUUAUAGGGCUGAUGUUUUACGUUGUUUUCAGUAAUUUUUUUUAAACUUUUCAGAGAACCUCUCUCUACAAGGUCCGCCACCGAAGGAAUAAAAGAAAAAAUGUAAAAAAAAGAAAAAAUAUAUGAAAAAGGCCAAAAAAGUAAAAAAAAGAAAAGCCAAAAAAAAUUUAAAGGCCAAAAGAAAAGAAAAAGAAAAAAAGAGCCAAAAAAACUAAAAGAAGAGCCAAAAAAACAAAGGCCAAAAAAAUAAAAAAAAAAAAUACUAGUCGCGACAUAAAGUCCUGAGACGUCUGCACUGUGCGUUUUUGUUUUCCUUUCGCGCGAGUGCGCCACUUUUCUCGCGCGACACCCGCGACAAAUUGUGUCAGGACUUUAUGUCGCGACUAGUAAAGGCCAAAUGAAAAGAAAAGGCAAAAAAAAGCAAAAAAAAAUAUUUUUCGAAAAAAGAGAAAAGCCAAAAAAGGCAGUAAAGUUAGAAAAAAGAAUUGUAUCUGGAAUUCAGCGAACCCAAUGAGUUGUUCCAAGCGGAUGUCUACGACGAGAUUAUUGCCCCGGCCUGCCUCUACGCCCGAAAACACAAUUCUUUAGCUGGCCAAAGCCCUCGGAACUCAUCCUAAGGUAAAUUUUGCCAUGGAUAAUAUAAAAUUUUUGAAAAAUUUUAAAACUUUUCUCGUAAUUACACCUAUAGUCAUUCCAAAGAUUUUUUGAAAGACUUACUGAUCGCUUUAUUUCAGACCCAAGGAUGA